AUGACACCACCACAAAUGCUUGGAUUUGGCGUUUAUUUUGCACGUUCGAUUGCACACACAGAAAACAAGGCUAGACAUGCUGGAGCUUUGAUAUGUGCCGAAAUUAGAAUGAGUCGUGUCAAAGAAGUAACACGUAAUGAAAUCCAUACAGUUCAAAAUUCAAACACAUGGUGGAAAGACUAUGAUACAGUUUAUUUUAAUCAUCAGAAUGACGACAGAGAUGAAUUUUGUAUUAAAGAUCCAGCACAAAUAUUACGAUGGGUCAUUGUGGUGGAUAAAAAUUUUGAUACAAAAGUCGAAGAAUAUGGAUUAGAUACGGAAUUUGAAGAUACAAAGUGCGGUUGCAUAUAA